AUGCUGAAGGAGCUCCAGCUCUCCCUGUCAGUCAUCCUGCUGCUUGCCUGUGGCUUCCUCUACCAGUUCACCCUGAAGUCCAGCUGCCUCUUCUGCUCGCCUUCUUUCAAGUCCCAGCAGGGGCCAGAAGCCCUCCUGAGCCACAGACGUGGCAUUGUGUUUCUAGAGACCUCAGAGAGAAUGGAGCCGCCCCACUUGGUCUCCUGUGCUGUAGAGUCUGCUGCCAAGAUUUAUCCUGAGCGGCCUGUGGCGUUUUUUAUGAAGGGUCUCACUGAUUCCACACCGAUGCCCGCAAACUCCACAAACCCAGCUUUUUCUCUGCUCUCAGAAAUAGACAACGUUUUUCUCUUCCCUUUGGAUAUGAAAAGGCUGUUUGAAGACACACCAUUGUUUUCAUGGUACACUCAAAUCAACACCAGUGCAGAGAGAAACUGGCUCCACAUCAGCUCGGAUGCAUCCCGCCUGGCCAUCAUCUGGAAAUACGGUGGCAUCUACAUGGACACCGAUGUCAUCUCCAUCAGGCCCAUCCCUGAAGAGAAUUUUUUGGCUGCCCAGGAUUCUCAAUACUCUAGUAAUGGAGUAUUUGGGUUCCUCCCCCACCACCCCUUUUUGUGGGAAUGCAUGGAAAAUUUUGUUGAAAACUACAAUUCAGACAUUUGGGGCCACCAAGGCCCUGGUUUGAUGACAAGGAUGUUGAGGGUAUGGUGCAAACUUGAAGACUUCCAGGAGCUGAGUGACCUCAGGUGUCUGAACAUGUCCUUCCUACACCCCCAAAGAUUUUACCCCAUCUCCUAUCCAGAGUGGAGGCGAUACUAUGAAGUAUGGGACACAGACCCAAACUUCAAUGACUCUUAUGCCCUGCAUUUGUGGAACUACAUGAACCAGGAGGGGCGGGCUGUGGUUAGCGGAAGCAACACACUGGUGGAAAAUCUCUACCAAAAGCACUGUCCUGGGACUUACAGAGACCUGAUUCAAGGCCCAGAGGGGCCAGUGACUGGGGAGCUGCAUCCAGGUAACAAAUAG